UUAUGGAAGAUUCCUCUAACAAAAUCAUUCGAAAACUGCUAGAGGACUCGGCAAGAGACAACGUUGCUAUGAACAAUACAGCCGUCUUUGCCAAUUCUUGCGGUGGAUAUGAAACUUUAAUAAAAGAACAUUUGAACUCAAUGAAUAUUCGUGGUCCGGAUAAGGAUUUUGAACAUCUGAUUGAACCCCAUUUGCGGAUUUUUAGCACAAUAAUAAUGACAAAAUUUAACAACGCCAAUGUCGAUUGCCACAGAUUAUUCAACAUGCGCAACAUGGGACUGAAUCCCCAUAAUCAUCUCAUCACUCGAUUAGAACAACUAGUUAUAGAUGCUAUUGGUCGUACUAGCCGAUUUCCUUCAAAAUCACAUAAAUAUGAUUGCUUCCCAAUUCCAUACGACUUUAAGUUACCAGACGGCAAUCGAAUUGAUUUCCAACGUGAUUGUAACCUUAAGUACUGGUAUCGAAUUCGUUAUCCGCUCGAGCAAAUUCAACAAAUGAAGGAUUUAGCCGAACAAGAAGGUCGUCAGCUAGAUGAAGACAUAUUGAAUCCUACGUGGAAAAUACUUCCAUUUAUUGGCUAUGAAGUUAACUAUCAGAAUUACCUGAACGACACAGCUGCGAGUUUUAAAUUAAUGUCCUUUCUUCAGAGAAAAUUUCCAGAGGUUGUUAUUUAUGGUGGCGUGUCACGCGAAGAUUAUAUUGGACUUGGACUACGCUGCCAAUUAGUAAAUAGUGACGAGAAUUAUGCAUGGUCAAGUUAUAGUGUAACAUCAGUUGAUAUGAUACUUGGUGCAGCACUCGGCUUUGGUGAGAAGUAUGAAGAAACACCUGCACUCCGAGAAGAAUGCUGGCAGUGUGCGGUAGAUCAAAGAAUUGGUAGAUAUUGUGCAAGAAGUAAGCUUCUGAGCAAUUUACGAGUUUGUUCGUUUCAAUUUGAUGAAGAUAACAAAGAAAGAAAAUUUCGACGAAGAAAACGAGGAAGAAAACGAGAAUAAAUAAGACAAAAAAACAGUUGAAACAAUUUAAAUUGAUUAUUUU